AUGGAGUUUAUGGAGCUCGAUCCCGAACUUUACGGAUUGCGAAGGUCAAGACGUAUAAAUACAACACAACGUUCCGUCAACUACAGAGAACCUCCUUCAGAAGGAGACUCGGACGGUGAAGAUUAUGAAGGCUCCAAUCCAAGGAAAAGAAAGAAGGACGAUCUUAAUGGUCAAAAGACCGCUCCUAAAAAGAAAACAAGAGUAAAGCGAUCACAAGUGGACGGUGGACAUUGGUCUACGUCCGCUACUAACGACGAAAGCGGUCCAAGCACAGCCGCUUCCCCCACAGCAGCUGUGUCAGACGAUUACGACUGGAAUUCAUCAAAUAAAGCAUCAUCAUCGAGGGCCAGUAAGAAAAACAAGUUUAUAACCGCCGACGACUUCGUUAUAGAAAACCGAUACUCAAGACGGACCCGAACUGUCACAAACUAUAACGAAGACGAACUCGACAAACAACUUGGAUUGGAAGCCGAAGAAGAUGAAGUGCAAGGGGAUGAUUUCUAUCAAGAUGAAGAAGACGAGAACGUAAUCGAAAGCAUACAUGAUAUACAAAAGGUUGAAGGAAUAGAUACGGAUGAACCGGCAGACCCUAAGACCAACAUGGAAUUAUUAAUCAAAUGGAAAGGUUGGAGUCAUUUACACGAUACUUGGGAGACAUAUGAAAAUCUUCGUGGGUUAAAAGGCUUCAAGAAGUUAGAAAACUACAUCAAGAACUAUAUGAUCGAACAAGCUAUAUUAUUCGAAAACCCUGAAGAGAAAGAAACAAUUAAUGUAGAUAAAGAAAUGAACCGAGAACAACUUAAGGAGUAUAAGACUGUUGAGCGUAUAAUUGCCGAAAGAAGAAUUCCCGCCCCAGAUGAUAACUCUGUUGAAUAUCCUGAAUACCUUUGCAAAUUUAAACUUCUCUCUUAUCAAGAUUGUACAUGGGAACCUCAUGAUGUCAUUAAAAAUGAAUUUGAAUCGGAAAUAACUUCCUUCUAUGAAAGAAGCAAUAGUCUCUGUGUGCCUCAUAGGAAUAAAGUAUAUCACAAAAACCGACCUGCAUUCAAACCACUAACAACGCAACCGAGUUAUUUAGUUGGUGGCGAGCUACGUGACUUUCAACUUACCGGACUUAACUGGCUAUCACAUUUAUGGUCACGCAAUGAAAACGGUAUACUAGCUGAUGAGAUGGGUUUGGGUAAAACGAUUCAGACGAUAUCAUUUCUUUCAUAUCUCUAUCAUUCCUUGGAACAAUACGGUCCUUUUCUUGUUGUUGUCCCCUUGUCGACUAUUGGAUCGUGGCAAAACGAAUUCCAAACAUGGGCACCUGAAAUGAAUGUCAUCAUCUACACCGGUACAUCCCCCAGCCGUGAAGUUAUACGAGAGCACGAAUUCUAUAUUCCUUCGAAUCCUGGCUCCAAAAAAAUCAAGUUUAACGUUUUGAUUACCACUUAUGAAUAUAUUCUGAAAGAUAGGCAAGAACUUGGUGCUAUUAAAUGGCAAUAUUUGGCUGUUGAUGAAGCACAUCGUUUGAAAAAUAGCGAAUCGCAACUUCAUGAAGUUUUAUCAACAUUUCACACUUCAAAUCGACUUUUAAUAACCGGUACUCCGUUGCAAAAUUCCUUAAAGGAAUUGUGUUCUUUAUUAAACUUUCUCAUGCCAGAUUUUGAAAUAGCCGGUGACAUUGAUAUCGACGCCCCUGAUGAAGAGCAGGAAAUAAAAAUUCGCGAGCUCCACAAAAGUCUAGAACCAUAUAUGCUGCGUCGUCUCAAAAAGGACGUCGAAAAGUCUCUUCCUCAGAAGACAGAAAUGAUCGUGAGGGUCCUUUUAUCACCUUUACAGGUGCAUUAUUACAAAAAUAUUCUCACAAAGAAUUUCGACGUGCUUAAUGAAGGAGUUACCGGUUCUUCUCAAAUGAGUCUUUUGAAUAUUGCUGUCGAAUUAAAAAAAGCUAGCAACCAUCCUUACUUAUUUCCAAAUGCAGAACCAUUUUCCAAUAGAAAGGAUGAACAACUUCACGGCAUAAUAGCUAGCAGCGGAAAAAUGGUGCUACUUGAUAAAUUACUGGCCCGUUUAAAAGAAUCAAACCAUCGUGUUCUAAUUUUUUCUCAGAUGGUUAAAUUGUUGGAUAUUUUGACCGACUAUCUUAAGCUUCGGGGCUAUCUGCACCAACGUUUGGAUGGCAGCGUUCCUUCCGAAGCUCGUAAAAAGGCUAUCGACCAUUUCAAUGCUCCCAAUUCUCCUGAUUUCGUAUUUUUGUUGUCGACUCGUGCUGGAGGUUUAGGUAUUAAUUUGAAUACGGCCGAUACAGUAAUUAUAUUUGAUUCCGACUGGAAUCCUCAAAAUGAUUUACAAGCAAUGGCUCGUGCCCAUCGCAUUGGCCAAAAAAAUCAUGUUAAUGUAUAUCGAUUUGUUUCAAAAGACACGAUUGAAGAAAGCAUUCUCGAACGCGCUAAGAGAAAGAUGGUCCUCGAAUAUUGCAUCAUAAAUCAUAUGGAUACUUCCGGCAAAAGAAUUUUACAGAAGAAUCCAAAAAGUUCAAAACCUACGGAAAACUUUAGUCGCGAAGAAUUAUCUACCAUUCUAAAAUUCGGGGCCCAAAACAUUUUUAGGGAAUCGGAGGAAGCCGCAAACUUUGAUCUAGAUCUUGACGAUAUUCUUGCUCGAGCUGAAAAACAUGAUACUGCAGGUGAUCAGUCUGGUACGAGCUUAGGUGGUGAAGAAUUUCUCAAGCAAUUUCAAGUUGCGGACUUUGGUGGUGGCGAUAUUAGCUGGGAUGAAAUUAUUCCCAAAGAAGAAAGGGAAAAAAUUGUCAAAGAAAAUUCCGAAAAAGUUGGAACACAAGGGCAAGAUCCUCCCGAUUACGAAACUAAGGCUGGUUUGAAACGAAGUGCGGUUUCACAAGAAGGGCGUACCAAAUUAGCAGAACUUGAUUCAUCUGAUGACGAUGACGCACCACCUAAAAAGAAAUCUAAAAUCAUUCGUAAGAAGAAGAAAAUUAGUCGUAAAAAACGAUUGGAUUCAGAUGAUGAGGAACGACCUAAAAAGCCCAAAGCAACUAAGAAGACUAAAAUAUCAUCUUACGAAGAAGGUAGCAAAUCGAAGAAAAAGACUAAUGGUAAUGGUCAAACAACAAACUCAAAAUCUUCACGAGAAUUGACUAUUAAAGAAAUAAGAGCUCUUUACAGAAGCGUUUUGAAGUUCGGAGAUAUCCGCGAACGUUUAGACAAAAUUGUUGAUGACUCCGAAUUAACUGAUAAAAGCGAAGAACAAUUGUAUGCUGCGUAUGAUGCUUUAUAUGAAACCUGCGAAAGAGCCGUAAAAGAUUAUGAAGCAUCCAAUAGCCAACAAUCCCGUUCAGUACCUAAUCCACGCGGAAAAUCAAUUCAGGCAACAUAUAAUGGAUGUGAUAAGCUCAAUGCUGGAAUGUUAAUCCAGCGUAUUUCUGAAUUGCGAAGUUUACAUAAAAAAAUGAAAAAUUUUUCUGAACCUGAAAAGUUCCGGAUUGAUGCAACAACAAAACCAGCUAACAAUUGGCAUAUAACGUGGGGACGAAAAGACGAUCUGAUGUUGAUUGCUGGUAUUUAUAAGUAUGGCUUUAGUAGUUGGAAAGAAAUUGAAGAGGAUCCUCGCCUUGGCCUUUCAGGUAAAUUGGUUGACGAGGCAGGAGACUCACGAUCAGCCUCGGCCCUGGUGGCAAAAGUUAAUCGUCGGGCAGACUAUCUUUUGAAGUUAGUCCACGAGUUGCAAGAGGAGGAGGAUGAAGAACAACAAAGGGAGUCAGUACGGUACACAGGAAAAGAAAAAGCCCGACUCAUUAAAGAGUCAUUGAAAGUAAUUGGUGCAAGGAUUGGGCAAGUCCUUGCUACCAAAACUGGAUCUAGAGAAUAUAACAGGUGGCAAACUGGCUUGUGGCAAUUCGUGACGUAUUUCUGGCCCAAGGACAACGUGAAUCCAGAUAGAUUAAUCGAACUCUACCGCAAGUUGGAAGCUGCUGAUUCUUCUGGUCAGUCUUAA